AUGAGACAGAACUGGCACACGGACGAGGUGUCACGCCAGCAUGGCAACUCAGCUGAGCGCGACAUGUGGAAGGAGAGCAAGUCUCCGACAGCUCACCUCCACCCUCGGCGGCACCUUACGAAGCCGGGUGGGGGCGCAGCGGUGUACGCCAAGUUCCUCAACUGGGCGUCCUACAAGAGCUUCGAGGAGCGACAGAGCGACAACUUCAUGGACCCUGGCCGUACGCUCUUCCUCUCGACGCGUCGCAAGUGCCUGGUCCUCCCUGCAAUGGAGCAGUGCGCGUGCAAGAUCCACUCGCAGCAGGUGCUAUAUAUCGAGGCGCUAGCCAAUGUCGACAUGACCAGCCACGGGGAAUGCGGUUGUCGAUAGUGCAACGUAGAUGGCGGCCGCAGGUGGCGGGAAACGUGGAAGCAUUUGGGCACUUUUUCCGAUGCAAUUGCCUGCCCCAUGGUCAACUUGCGGGCAGCGGACCCGGAAGGUGACAAUUGGAUGGGGCGGAAACCGGAGUGCAACGCUUUGACUGCGCUAUGUGUGGGUUAGGGGGGACUGACGGCAUUCCCAUCUGAUGCAAGCUGGAGACCUCCGAGCAGACGGUGGUAUGGAAGAUGUUCGAGGACGUGAUCACUGUGCCUGCAUCAGCGGGUGGGAAGAUCAAGGCCAAGAAAGCUCGCCAACCAGACGGUGCCGAAGGAGGGCAAGCUUGGCGAUCUUUGGUUGGCUUUCAAAGAGCACACC